AUGGCCCUCUCGCCCAAGCUGCCCGAGACACUUGACCCGUCCAUCCCGACUCCGCAGGCGACGGGCCACCUGCAGACGAUCACCUAUGGAUCCGAUUCGAUCACAAUCCACGACGAGCUGCACGGCACCUCGUACACGAUUACGGAGCCUCCACUCAUCGAUCUCCUGCGGUCCUCAGUGCUGCUCCGCCUCUUCUCCGUCGGCCAGCACGGGAUCACGGGUCUCUUCGAGCUGACGCCCUUAGUCACGCGGCUGGAGCACAGCAUCGGUGCGAUGCUGCUUGUCCGAAGGGUCGGCGGCAGUGUGCCAGAGCAGGCAAGCGCGCUCCUGCACGACGUCUCGCACACCGUCCUCUCACACGUCAUGGACUGGGCGCUGUGUGGCCCCGGAGAGUCAUACCACGAGGUUCACAAGCAGCGCUUUGUGGACACGACAGAACUUCCCGCCCUUCUCGACCGACAUGCGCUGGGCGACUCGCGACCGGACGGCCCCAGCGUGCUGCACGAGGAGGAGUUCCCGCUCGUCGAGCGCGAUGCGCCGCGCUUAUGCGCCGACAGGCUCGACUACGGCCUCCGCGACAGUGUCGCGUUUGGCAAGCUCUCUCGCUCCGAUGCGCAGACUAUUGUUGCCUCUCUGCGCGCUUGGCCCGACGUGGCCUCUCCGGAACGUGCCCUCGUUCUCGACGACCCGAACGCCGCCGCGAUCCUCGCGCGCGCCUACCUCGCAAGCGACAGGGACAUCUGGUCGAACCCGGCCCACGUGCGCAUGGCGUCUCGGGCGGGAGCGCUGAUCGGCUCGGUAGUGUCGAGCGGGCGUCUGCCAGACGACGUCCUGUGGAGCAUGUCCGACAAGGAGUUCUGGGUCGCGCUCCGUGGCGCCGCAAACGAGGAGGAGCAGAGGGUAAUGGACGAGAUCGAGGCUGAGGCGACGUUAGAGUGUCCCGGCAAGAUUCCCCCGCAGACCAAGGUCCGCACGAUCGACCCCGACGUGCUCGUUGAUGGGGAGCUGAGGCCGUUGACGCAGGUCUGCCCCGAGUACAAGAAGGAGAGGGACGAGUACAUCGCGUCCAGGAAUGCGCUGAAGUGCGCAACCAUGGCGCCGUAG